AUGGGCCACGAAGCCGUCGGCCACGUCACCCGGAUGCACCCUUCGGUGGCAGGCAAGGGCUUUGAGGUCGGCGACGCCAUCGACUGGGAGUACUCCGUGGGCUGUUGCUUCGAGUGCGACGGGUGCCGAGUGCACAAUCUGUACUGCUCCCGGGGUCAGACGGCCGUCCAGGGCUUCAGCGUCGACGGCUACUUCAAGAACAAUGGCUUGCCGUCAUCGGCUGCGGCGGCCUGGGACAGUAUGCGACGCAGUACGUACGCUAAGGCCAUGGGCAUCAAGGUUAUGGGCAUCGAUAUCAACGAUGAUGCCCUCGCCUCGGUCAGGGGUCUAAGCGCCGACAUCACCGUCAACUCGGCCACGACUGCAGAUCUCGUCCAUCAGCUGAGAAGUGUGACGGGGAGUAGCCGUGGCGUCCAUGCCGCCCCGCAUAUCCUGAGGACCGGAGGCGUGCGCAUGGUCAUCGGCAUGGCACCCCGUGACUUGCAGGUGUCGACCUAUAGCCUGGCCACCGGGAGGUACGGAAUCAGAGGAGAGAGCAGCAGUACGCCGCAGAGGAUGCACAAGGCUGUCGAGUUCCCCGCCAAGCAUGGCAUACAGCCUGAUGUCGAGUUUAGGACGCUCGAAGAUCUGCCGCAGAUGGCUGACGAUAUGAUCCACGGCAGAGCUACGAGACGGCAGGUGGUCAGAUUUCAGAAGGCAAGGAAACAAUGGCGGUUCGCCAAAGUUGAAUGA